AUGGGACCCCCAACGACACGUAGUGGCGCGACAUUCACCGCGGAACAAUUAGAAGCGCUUCAGGCACAAAUAACAGAAAGACAACGAGCCAUAGAAGAUAGGGAGACAAACGUUAUAGACAUAGAAAACAGAAUAAAAGAGAAAGAAAAGAGACUAGAAAUAGAACAAGAACAAAGAAUGGAGUUAGCACGCGAAAAUGAGAAACUACGGGCAGAAAUAGCCAGGAGAAAAGAAGAAAUAAUCUCAGGUGCUAACACAGAAACAAUUCAAGCUGCUAGGGCACCCCCUUUAUCCCCUUCACCGGUACCAACACAUGAAGUAACAGCAGACGUUACACCCGGAAACACGCCUCGUCGGGUAAAUUCGACAGAUAAUACAUUACUGGUAGAACAGGUACUAGCCCUGCAACACCAACUAAAUAUUCUUCAAAAUCGUAAUCAUAGUGCACCGGAUCCAUAUAUUUCAAUUAGGGAUGCAAUACAAACAAUACCUCCAUUCGAUGGAGAUACCAACAGACUAACGACCUUCUUACAGGCAUGCUGGAAAGCCAGAGAACUAGUGUCACCCGCUAAUGAAAGAAUUUUAGUCAGAACACUAAAACAUAAAUUGACAGGCAGAGCGUAUCAAAUAAUAGCGCGAGACGAUUUUGACACAGUAUUGGAAUUAUCCGAUAAGUUGUCCUCAUUAUUUAGUUCGCUUAAAACUACAAAUCACUACCGCGGAGACCUAGCAAAUAUAUAUAAAAAACCUAGCGAGCACGUUAUGGAUUAUAUCAUCCGAGUAAAAACAUUGAAAGACGCGAUUUUAGAUAGUGAAAGGAGAAACGGUUACUACACACGGGAAUUGAUUUACAAUACAGAACUUGAAGCUUCGGAGAGUUUGAAACAAGGACUCCCUACUCUGUUCCGGAAUUCUUUAAUUCUACUAAACCCGACAGAUUUCGAAGAUACAUGCACAAAGGCCAUAAUAAUCGGGAAGCAAAUGGAAGACGAAGCUACCAGGGAUCGCCAGCGACAGCGACCACAAUCUAAUUACGUUGCUAGACCACCGAUUUGCCAAAAAUGUAACCGAGCGGGACAUACAACAGACGAGUGCACAAUUGGAACAAACCGAAUCUCUAACUACUAUAGGGAAACACCCCCAGAACGAGACAGGCAAUUCGAUAGACGCAAUGAUAGAGAUAGACAACCUGAGAGGCGCGACGAGCGACCUAACGUUGGAUUCCAGAGACCCGAACCAAAUUACGGAAACAGGCCAAUACUCACGUGCACAUACUGCAAAAAUUUAGGCCACACAAUAGACGAGUGCCGGAAAAAGAGGUAUAACGAGGAAAGUAGACAGGCGGACCGACCAGCCCCGGAAUGGUCUACCAGUACGCCCCAUACACGUGGAGAGCGAAGCGACGCUGGAGGUCACCCCGUCGUGCUCUUACACAACGCCGGCUUAGGCGACGUACCGGCAAUUAGAAUAACCUCACCAGAUCUCGCUACACCCGCAAAUUUCCUUAUCGAUACGGGUGCAGAACCCAAUAUUAUAAAAUACAAAAAUAUUUGCAACCCUGCAGGAAUAGACGGCAGUAUUAAACUUGCAAUUAAAGGAAUAACCGAAGACCUAGUACACACCCUAGGGCAAAUCGUGCUAAACAUCUCGGGAAUUCCGGUCGUAUUUCACGUAGUCGAAAACUCUUUCAAUGUAACACAAGACGGCAUCUUAGGAUCAGCCUUCUUCGCCAAAACGGGAGCAGUAAUCGAUUAUAAAGGGAACAGACUACAGCUAGAAAAUAGCGUUUUUCACUUCUUAGGAAGUACUUACAAACUCGAAGCCAGGGCGAAGCAAAUAGUAAAAAUUAAAAUUUCAAAUCCAGAAAACUUAGAAGCGGGAUAUAUACCAGAGUUACAACUCCCACAAGGGAUAUAUGCAGGGCAAGCAAUCUGCAAAGUUAUCGGGGAUCAUGCAAUCCUCCCAGUCAUAAAUACGAGAGAAACCGGAACAGACCUAGAACUUCCAGUUAUUAGAAUACGUUCAUUUUUAGAACCUCCACAAGGAAACGAGAAAACAAUCGGUGACGCCUACCCGCUCCCUAAUAUAACGGAUAUUCUGGAUCAAUUGGGUAGUGCGAAAUACUUUUCGGUUUUUGAUCUUGCCUCCGGGUUCCAUCAGAUCAAGAUGGCCAGAGAAGAUGCUGAAAAAACCGCAUUCUCAACACCCUUCGGACAUUAUCAAUUCGAACGGAUGCCAUUUGGAUUGAAGAACGCCCCCGCGACCUUUCAGAGACUAAUGGACAGAGUACUGACCGGACUACAGGGAAUAGAGAUGUUUGUUUAUUUAGACGAUAUUGUUAUAUAUGCGAGUUCACUGCAUGAACACACGCGAAAAUUCAACUUACUAAUUGACAGAUUAAGAUCAGCUAAUCUAAAAUUACAACCCGAUAAGUGUGAAUUUCUACGAAAAGAAGUAAACUACCUGGGACAUAUCAUAUCGGAAGAAGGACUAAAGCCAGACCCGAAAAAAUUAGACGCGGUUAAAAAUUUUCCAAUACCUAAAAACCCCAAAAACGUAAAGCAAUUCUUAGGUCUUGCAGGAUACUAUAGAAGAUUCAUUCAAAACUUUUCAAAAAUAGCUAAACCAUUGACGGAGCUGCUGAAAAAAGACAAAAACUUUAAUUGGACAGAAAAACAAGCAAACGCUUUCGCGAUUUUAAGAGAUAAACUUUGCGAAAAACCCAUAUUACAAUAUCCGGACUUUAACAAACCGUUCAUAGUUACGACUGACGCGUCAGGUACAGCCGUAGGAGCAGUAUUAAGCCAAGGACAAAUAGGUCAAGAUUUACCUAUAGCUUAUACAUCACGACUACUAAAUAAAGCCGAGCAAAAUUACUCCACCACAGAAAAAGUAUUAUUAGCCAUGGUAUACGCUGUAAAACAUUUUCGACCGUACCUAUAUGGGAAAACAUUCACGUUAGUCACGGAUCAUCGACCCCUGACCUGGCUUCAAUCACUGAAAGAUCCAUCUUCUCGAUUAGCACGCUGGAAGGUGCAUUUAAUGGAUUAUCAGUUCAAUAUCCAGUAUAAACCCGGAAGAAUCAACGCAAAUGCAGACGCACUUUCACGUAACCCAGUAGUCGACGAAACUUUUGCACGCGUUUUACAAAUUACGGAGGAAAUAGGAGAUCUUUUCUCCGCACCUACAGAUUACGCGCUAGCACACUGCGUAUCGGAAGAUUUUAAAAUGGGCGCCGGUAUAGCAAAGAAAUUCGCAGAAACAUUCCAGAAUCGAGAACUCUUACUACAACAACAAAUUAAAAUAGGAGGAGUAGCCAGACUAAAGGUUAAAAACAGAAACAUAUUUUAUCUUGUGACAAAAACCAAAUAUUACGAAAAACCAACGUACAAAACAGUAGAAACAGCACUACGUACAUUACGGAAAGCAUGUGAAAAAGAGAAGAUAUACAAGAUUGCCAUGCCGCAAAUAGGAUGUGGAUUAGAUGGAUUAAACUGGGGAAGAGUCAAGGGACUCAUCUCAACUAUACUCCCGGCCCCUUUCCUUGUCAAAAUAUACAAAUUAUCAGAGGAAGAGCUCUCAGAAUCCGACGACGGAAUAUUCGAGACACCCCAACCAUCAGAUAGAGAGGUAACAUGCGAAGAAACACCCCAGAAACAAGAGACACCACAACCAACACCGAAAGAAGAAUUAAAAAGCAAAACUCCUUGUAAUAGCAUCGACGAAUCCGAAAUAGAGGAAUAUUACAGUGUAGAUAACGUUAACUCCGGAACCACAGACACCCAAGAAACACAGGAUGAGACAUCCGAAGAUUCGGACUCAGAUGAUGAGAUAUUUAGUAAUGAAGAAGGAAUACCCCGACCGAAUGAGGAAACUCCCUACGAGGAGGUGAGAGACAGAUUGAGUAUGCAUAAAGGAAAUUGUGUGUUCUUCAUAACGCAGCGCGGAGAACCAUUGGACGAAGGAGCUAAAGACCUAGAAAAUACAAAGAAACUCCCAGAAUUUACGCACAUAAAUUUAGCACGAGCAAAGGUACACCAAGUUGGGAAUAGGUAUUUUAUCGGACUACCUAUAAAAGAGGGAAUAAAAACACAGUUAGAUAACGAAGUUUUCGACGAAACUAUAACAUCACUACAAAACGUAAUAACAGAACUAAAUCUUACAGAAAUCGGGAUUGCGAAAACAAUUAGAAUUGACAAUCUAUGCUGGAAGGAAAUCAUUCGUAAAUUGAAAAUUCAGCUUGUGGAUAUUAGAUGCAAGGUAACGGUAUAUCAACAACUCGUAAAAUUAGCUAGUGAACAGGAAAUCCCUAGCAUUAUACAGGAAAACCACGAAAGCAGCGUCGGAGGACAUACGCAAGAAUUAGGCAACGAUACUUUUGGCCAGGGAUGAAGAAGCAGGUU